AUGGUAAUCCAUUUUUAUUUGCAGGUGGUGCGUUACCUUCAGCCGCUCCCAUUUUGUGGAUCGGGUUAUCACCGCAUAGCUUUCGUCUUGUUUCGUCAUGAAAAGCCGCUGGAAUCGUUGCCAUUGUUCUACAGUGAUACGUUGGCUGGCCGAGUUUUCUCGAUGUCUAAUCUAUACAAGCAAAAUGAGGAUUUAAUCACACCAUCAUGCGUAACAUUUUUCCAGACUACUUAUGACAUAUGUGUGAAGGAGCAGUUACACAAAAUGGGUGAGUGA